AUGAUGAUGUAACAAAAAAGCAGUGACAUCUUUACAUGCAUUUGCUGCAACAAAUUUUAUAAUCUCGAUGAUAGGAAACCGAUAUAACUUCCCUGUGAAGAUGUUAUAUGCCGUUAAUGCUAUUGCAUUCAGAAGGACUAAGUUUAGAGCUAGCAAAUCUAAUGUCCAUUUGAUAAUACUCAUCUUUUUGAUAUUGAUCAUCCAAUUAGAACACCAUUAUACUUGCUCAGAAAUCUAGAGAAGUAUGAUUUUCAUUUGAUAACAUGUGAUCAACAUCCUUCAGAAUAUGCCAAUAUAUUUUGUAAACAGCUCAAUAAAGUCAUUUGUAGUAGGUGCUUUUAAUAAAAUCCACACCCACACUACUAUAGAGAUAAAAGUUCACAUUUCUUUUUCGACAGAAAAUUCUUAGAAGAAUCAUUUUAAAAAAUGAUUAAUAUCAACGAAAAUGUAAUACAAGAUAUUAAGAUUCUUCAAGAUAACAUUAAUCAAUUCAUAAAUAAGGAAAGAAAUUUUAACAUUGAAGAAAUUCAGAAUAUGAUAACCAAGAAUUAUCACAUCAUUUAAUAAUCUUAGUUGGCUGAUAAGGAUUUGCUAUUACUAUCAUAUUAGCCAAGCAUCUUAAGUUUUAUAUCUAAUUUUUCAAGAUUGGUAAUGCUUCAUAUCUAAAAUGAUAGAAUUACUUCACAUCUUUUGAGAAUUAAAGGUUCGACAAAGCUUUUGUAUAGAGCAACAAGAGAUGGAUUUUAGGCAGUCAAUUUUCAUUCGAGAUGUGAUAAUUUAGGGCCAACUAUAUCGUUUAUUAUGAGUCAUUAAGGAAAUGUAUUUGGAGGAUAUACUUCUGUUUCUUGGACCUCUCCAGCCAAAAAUACAAAUUAUCCUGAUAAAGAUUCUUUCUUAUUUCAACUUAAUUUGAACAAACUUUAUUAGAAAGUUGGGUCUCUAGAUUUUGCAGUUCAACAUAACACUAAGUUCCUAAUGGUAUUUGGGUCAGGAGAUAUGCUCAUCAGUGAUGAAUGCAAUAAAAACUCUGAAAGCUACUCCGAAUUAGGGUACACUUAUGAACUUGAAAAAGAUAUAGAAUCUUCAAAUAAAUAGAAAUUAUAAUAUCUAGCAGGGACUGAUUACUUCAAAGUUAUUGAGAUUGAAGUAUAUCAAGUAAAGCCAUGA